AUGCCUCUCCACUACCUCCGCCAGCUGGCCCGCCCGGUCUCCAUCCUCGUCUCUCCCGCCAUUCGUCGUCCCGUGGUUGCUGCCGCGCCGCGCAUCGCGUCCUCUCCGAUUCUCGCCGCCGCCGCCGCCGCCGCCCGCAGCUUCAGCGCCAGCUCCACCCGCAAUUCCACCUACAACCAGGUCCGCCGUGGAUGCCGCCAGCCUCAACCUGCUCGCAAGCUCACCUCGCCCCAACUGAAGAACCGCCCCGAGAUGAAGGGCGUCUGCGUCAAAGUCGGAACCACGAAGCCCAAGAAGCCCAACUCCGGCGAGCGCAAGGUUGCUAGGGUGAGGUUGAGCAACGGAAGGCUAGUGUGGGCAUACAUUCCCGGCGAAGGCCACAAUGUACAGCAGCACUCGGUCGUCCUGGUUCGGGGUGGCCGUGCUCAGGACUGCCCCGGUGUGAGAUACAAGCUCGUUAGAGGCGCGGGCGAUCUGGGUGGCGUUGGUACCAGGCUUACUUCGAGAUCGAAGUAUGGUACGAAGAAGCCCAAGACGACCUGA